AUGAGAAUAGAAAGGUGGACUUUAGAAGUUCUAGUUAACGAAAUACCUCUUCAGGAAUAUGUAAUUUCUGAUUCAGUACUUGGAGCCAGUGCAUCUAACGCAUUGAAAUCAUAUGUGGUCGAAGGAGAUCGAAAGAAAUUUUGCGACUCGGCUACUUUUGUUGCAGUUCCAGCACCUGGAACACAUUAUAGCAUAGUAGUUUCUCCGAGCACAAGUGAAAUCGCACCCAAAAUUUAUGUAGAUGGUAUAAAUGACGGCUAUUAUGUAAACAGUAGUACUUCGUCAUAUGGCAUCGUUAAGGGUUUUUAUAAUGGAAAUAAAACAAUGAGAUAUGAUUUUAUUUUCGAUAAAACAGAAUGGAUUGAAACGGAUAUUCCACAAAGAACUAAAUAUGGUGGACUUGGUGCAAUAUCUGUUUAUUUCUAUAAAAUUAUAAAUAAGUAUAAAUCAUCAAGAAAUUAUAAUUCAGAAAAAGCAUUUGAAAAGGUAAAGAUUCCGGAAACGAAGAAAUGUUUUGACGUGGGUCUUACCACAAAAUUUUCCGAAGGCAUAGAAUAUUAUGGUUAUGGUUCAAUAAAUUCGAUAAUAAGAGAAAAUGAACCAUUAGCUGUACUUCACAUUAAUUAUCGUUUAGCUGAUUGGCUUAUUCCGAUGGCUACUAAUACGAGUUAUACGGCCUCUGCUGUUUACCGAACAAAUACACAAAAUUCCUGUGCUUCUGCUUCUACAUCUACCUCAUCUACAUCUACCCCAUCUACAUCUACCCCAUCUACAUCUACUACUGCUACUUCGUCUGCUCCUGCGUCUACCUCUUCUUCUGCUGCUACUAAUAUAGACAUUAAAAAUGAAGUUAAUAAUUUUGAAAACGAUACUGAAAAUAAACCUUUAAUUACUCAAUCUGUCAAAAAGAGGAAACGAAGAUACCAAGAAAUGAUCAUAAUAUUGGAUUCGGAUGAGGAGUGCACACAUGAAGUGGUGGAGUUAGAUUAA